GUAGAGACCUGGACAACAUCAAGAACCUCCUCCACUAUCGUCAGGAUGAGCUGGUGCGGCAGAUCCCCAACCCCACUGGCAGCCGUUAUGGGUGUGUAAGUGGAAUCCAUUGCUCCCGGGAUGGCUCCAUCUAUGUGACAGCCGAGGGUGCUCCCUGGGUGCACGUGCUCAGCAGCACAGGCCAAGUGCUGAAGUCCCUGCCCUGCUGGCAAACGGGAAGGGAAGGUGGCAGCUUUUUGCCAGAGGAUGUGACCGUGACUCGGGCAGGAACGGUGGCCGUAGCUGACAUGACAAAUGGGGCUGUCUGGGUCUUCAAUCCUCACACCACCCCCUCCAAAGGAGAAUGGAUAAAGAUUGGGAAGUUUGGCUCCCCCAGGGGUGUUGGAGUGGACUCCACGGGCAAGAUCUUAGUAGCAGACUAUGCCCAAGGCCAAGUCUGCAGCUUUGCACUGGACCAUGCUUUCAGGACACUGAACAUUUGCUCAGUCCCCAACCUGCAGGGCCCUCGCUAUGUCAGCCCGGCACCCCAUGGAGGCUUUGUGGUAAGUGAGGAGUGCGGAGACGUCAAGGUGUUCAUGAGCAGUCAUAAACUCGUUUGCUCCCUCAGCAGCAAAUACGGACACCAGUUUGGCAACCCGGCGGGGGUGUGUGUGGAUGCAGAAGGCAGUGUGGUGGUGGCAGAUGAGCAGCACCGCACCGUCCAUUUGUUCCCAGAGAGCGGGGCUCCCAUCUGCCUGGUGUCCGCAGGGCUGCGGAGGCCGGCUGGCGUGGCCUGCUCCCCCUUUGGGCACCUCUUCGUGGCAGACACAGGUGAGAACUGUGUGAAAGUCUUCAAGUACCACGUGAGGCCCCGGCUGCCCUUGGGCACCCUGUGACAACCUUCAGAGUGGGGCCGGUUCCACCACAACCCUGCUGAGCUUUGGGUCCGCUGGUGGGUUGCAAAUGAAGGCGCUCCUGUUGUCCCUGCACUCAACCACCUUGUUGCCAUUCAGCUUUUCCAGAUGGCAGAAACAAGGACUACAGCGACAACGGUUCAGCUCCACCCUUCCUGGAUCCACCAGAGUAGCUGAAGGGCUGAGAUAGGAUGGUGGGCAUGGAACUGCCUCCCCAGGGCAAUGGGACACUGCUCAGACAGAGGGUUUGGGUUUGGCCGGUGCUGUGUGGGG